AAAGAAGGCUAAGGUGGAGGAAGAAGAAGUGAUAGAAGAAGUCGCCGGAACGGAGGAAGAAGAGUAGGCUGCCAAUUGUCACAAAUGUGGGCAAUCAGCUCAUCCGGAUCCAAUCUGAUUAUCCGGCGCUCGGCAAGAAGCGCCCCAAAAAUGAAUUUAAGAAUGGAUAGCAGCGAUACGAGUGAGGAAGAGAGCGACCUACGAAGAGAAACCUACCAAACGGAAACGAGGCAAUGAAUCUUGGGACUCAUCUGGAGAGUCCAGCAGUGACGCCUCCUAGGGCAGAUCGAAAAAGCGGAGUGUGGCCAAAAGUAAAGCGGAACAGGUCACAGCCACCCCUAAACCCAAGCCCAAACCACCGCCGCGUAAUGCGCCUGCCAAUCGAGACAGAGGCCGUGGAGGACGAUCCAACAAAGUCGAGUUGCCAGUCCUUUGAUGAAAGACGAGCUUCCAGCCGCCGCCUCCAUCCCUGUUUUGUCGCAAGACCUUCAAGUAUCGAGAUUGAUACAAAAGAUGCAAGCAGAUGUUCCGCCGCCAACGUUACCGACUUGCAAAUCAACCACCCGAUCAAUUCUCAAUCCAUUUCAAGCAGCAGCAACUGUCCGGCGAGGCAAAUUCCAGGAAUUCUUCCGCAGCCGACGCUCGUUCGAGACGUUUUGGACAGCCAAACGCCACCACCUGCCGUCCAGUUGCCUCCGAUAGUGGUGCCGCCGCUCACUCAGCCGCAAAUCAUCGCACUCAGCGUCUAGUUGCCGCCACUCUACAGCCAUGGUGGAGCCAUCAAGCAGACGCGACAUUCUCUGCCGACAACGCCGUCAAUGUAUUUCAUUCCUCACGUCGUCAAAAUGAGCGAUUUGAUUGCGUCCUCGACUCCACUGUUGUCAUUCGGCCUUACCCGACGACUGCGACGUCGACGUCGUUGAGCCCAAGCAUCAGCGGUAGCUCAGCACCUGGUAACCCUCUCAGUAUUCAAGGACUCCUGGGCACAGAUUACGGCUCGAUCCCUUCGGUGCGGCCGUCUGCGCAUUCCAUCUUGCCGUACGGAAAUACGCCUCACAUGAUAGGCCACAGACCUUUCCUCAAUCACACACCUUAUGCGAAUCCUUAUAGUGCGGCGCCGGUUACGCCUACUCCUCGUAAGGCACUCAAUUACUGCUUCCAUGAAUCAAAUGGAGAGCCGGGCGCAAACGGGCUCUUCUGGGGAUGAAGCCGACGGUACUAGUUUUGUUGAUUACCAAACACGAAUGGUUCAGGCCACCAAAGAAAUUGCUCGACUAUCCAUAUAGCCACCGUUAUGACUUUUUAUAUUAUAAAUUCUAUAAAAUUUCACUGUCAAUUCAAUGUAUUUCUU